UGACGCAAACUUUAAUCGCCGUCUCUAUGAAAUGACGUUACUUUGAACAAUCUUCUAAUUUCUCCAAACAAUCGACUCUCCUCCCAGUCCUUUCGAUGCGAUAUCUGGCGGGAGGCGCUAGCAAGUAAACAAAUGAAUGAGGACGUGAGGGGGAAUUAAAAAAAUGAGUUUUGCUCGAUGUAGUUUGGUCAAGUGGAUUGGGGAAGUGGAUUUGCUUUAUAUAUCCUCCCAAGCCGUCUUCAACCUGGAAGCUCAAGUUCUAGGGGAAUCAUUUGUGUACAGAUUUCUACUGCUGACUGGUGAAACAGCCUUUCAUAAAGAACCAGCAUGAAUCUUCAGCACCCUGGACCUCAAAUCCCUCCUGUUCAUCCUGAUGUUCAGAUGAAGUCUCUGCCUUUCUACGAUGUUCUAGAUAUACUUAUCAAGCCCUCCAGCUUAGGAGCAAGCGAUACACAAAGAUACCAUCAAGAAAAGUAUUUUAUCUUUGCCUUGACACCUCAGCAAGUUCGAGAAGUAUGCAUAUCCAGGGAUUUUCUUCCAGGUGGCAGGAGGGAUUUUAUGGUUCAAAUCCAAUUAAGGUUUUGCUUGUCAGAGACGAGUUGUCCACAAGAAGACAACUACCCAAACAGUCUCUGUAUAAAGGUCAAUGGAAAACUUUUCCCUUUACCAGGUUUUGGACCACCCCCCAAAAAUGGUGUUGAACAAAAGAGACCAGGAAAACCUUUAAACAUUACCUCAUUGGUGCGACUGUCCUCUGCAGUACCCAAUCAGAUUUCAGUGGCAUGGGCACCUGACAUUGGAAAGAGCUACUCCAUGUCUGUGUACCUAGUGAGGCAGGUAACAUCCCCACUGCUCCUGCAGAGGCUGAGAAUGAAGGGCAUCAGAAACCCAGACCACUCCAGAGCACUCAUAAAAGAGAAACUGACUGCAGAUCCAGACAGCGAAGUUGCGACAACAAGUCUUCGAGUCUCCCUCAUAUGUCCGUUGGGGAAGAUGCGACUGACGGUUCCAUGCCGAGCGGUGACCUGCUCUCACCUACAAUGCUUUGAUGCUGCACUCUACUUACAAAUGAAUGAAAAGAAACCUACCUGGAUUUGUCCUGUCUGUGACAAGAAAGCCACAUAUGAAAGUCUCAUCAUUGAUGGUUUAUUCUUGGAGAUCCUGAAUGACUGUUCUGACAUGGAUGAAAUCAAGUUCCUGGAGGAUGGUACUUGGUGUCCAAUGAGACCAAGGAAAGAGCCUGUCAAGGUCUCAUCUCAGUUGAUUGCAAAAAUCAAUUUGCAAAUGAAUAUGUGUCAGUCCUCAUUGACAGCCAACAUAAAGGUCCCAUUGCCAAGGUACAAGUCAAGACACAUAAUGGCCUCAUCAUUUUUGCGACACUCCUUGGUGGCUCCAUAUUCUGCUGAGCCCUAUCCUACCAAGAAGUCUGAUGUCAUUGAUUUGACUCUGGGAAGCUCAUCUUCUGAUGAUGACGACGAGAAUGGCACAGAUCCUCCUCUUAAGAAACGCUGUGUUUAUGUUUCAAAAAAUGACGACAUGCAUGCAAAGGGAGUAUUGCCCUUUCAGCCUCCCAAUUUACGCGUGCCAACUGUUCAGGCCUUGGACCCAUCAUAUCUGACCUCGACACUUGCGGAUUUUGCAGUACCCUUCCACCAAACCUUGACUACCAUGCCCACAGAUAUGCAGAGCCUGGAAUUGUUUUCUUUAAUUCAAGCGGAUCCUCAGCAUUACAGGCCGCAGAUGUUUCUGGAAAACCUGGAAAGUACCAUGCAGAGUGUCACUUCAGCCACCACUAGCUCCGCCCUGAUAUCAUCGUCCACUAGCCAAUAUGAAUCCAACUCCCAUACAGCUGGCUCCAUCCAUGAGAGCCGGAGUGUCACAGGAAGAGGAACUGACAGUAAAUCUGAUAUUAUUGCACUAGACUGAGCCAUAUUUUACUGAAUUUUUGAUUCAAUUCCCAUUUUCUAUGGGCUUUUUUAAUUCUAAAGAAAGUUUACACUGUCGGUUAAACUUCUUUGGCGUUCAAAUUUGAUUCUGGCUUUUUUUUUUUAAAAAAAAAAACAAUUCAGUCCGAUUUUAUGUUGUUAACUGUUAAAUGGGUCAACAGGCAUGGAUGACAACUGAGAACCAAAACAUUUUACCAUUUUCUAUUUGAGUAAUUUCAGACAACACAUUUCUGUACCACCAAACAAGGCUCACGACCUCUAAAACAUUUUUUUAUUCCAUUGGUUAUUCGACCUUGGAUUGCAUGUGUUCUAAAAUCCUAUGCCCAAAUCGUUCAGUCGAAAUAAGUGAGGAUUAACAUGGUUAAAUGUUUAACUUCACUAAAUACUUUAUAAAGGGGGCUUCUUGAGAAAUUUAUUUUUGCACUCAGACAUCAUGCAGAAAUAAAGUAUUAUUGGCAUCCAAUUUGAGCCCUUAUUGGUACCGCGCACGCAAAUAUUUUUUUCAAUUUAAUCCAGGAAUCCCAAAUUACUAAACUGCAUAUUUUGAAACCAUGCUGUAAACUAAUGUUCCGUGUAAGACUAUAUGACGUCAAUUCAGAGAUUUUUUUUCAAAACACACUACAGUAAACUCCCACUCUUUGGUGGUUCAGUGAUUUUGGGGGUGGUAUUACAGUUAACGUUUUUUUAAAUGUUUGUGAAUGAAUUAAUGAAUUCCAUUAUUGUCAUUAUACCACUGUACAAUGAGAAAAAAAAAACUUCUCAUUUACCACUAAGUACAUGCAUAAAAGCAAGGUGUAAAAAUAAAUAAAUAUAAGAAUAAAA